GCUUAUCGUCGAUUUGGUUUGUCACAUUUCUAUCGUUUUCUGCUGAGAGUUAGCGAUGGCUGGUGCUGCUGUUCUUAGUAAUAUAUAUUUUUGAACCUUUUUCGGAUUUCAGUGCUUGUCCUCUUACAGUUCACGAUCUCAUUGGCCUUUUGUUUGUUGAGAUCACGUAGAUCUGAAUUGUUCGUUUAAUUCAAGCGUCGGUGAUGUCAAGUCUUACAGAUGCAUUCUCAAUUUCUGAAGGUAUAGUGAAAAGGGUUCAAUGGUUUUUGCUGGAAUAUUUGCUCCUUUGGCCUUGUACAACAUUUAUUAUUGACGCGCAAACUCCAUCGGAAGCAUACGUUGCCACGUCCACUGUUCCAUAUCUUCCCCUGCCCCCUAAUAUUCCAUUCUUCAAACGUACACAUCGAAAACAUUUUUUAUCACAUGCUGCUCCAUUGCCCAUGUUGCCACCAUCCCUCCCUCCAGAUUAUGGCUCACUAACAACUUCUGAUCAUCCCUCUUCAAGUCCACAGCUAUCAAAACGAUCAAUGAUGAGUGGUCAAUUACCAGCUCUCGGUGCAGGCCUUCUACCUCCCCGUCUGGCAGAUGUUGCCCCAACGCAUUCCAAUGCUGGUUCUGUUCCCCCUGGUUUAGCUCAAUCACCGUUGACUCCUAGAGUUGCUGAUUGUUGUGGACCAGACAUGGUGCCUAAAAUAGGGAGUCGUGCUUGCAAUUGUGUAUAUCCAAUCAAGCUUGAUCUUCUCCUUCUCAAUGUUUCCCUGAGCACGAAUUGGAGUCCUUUUCUGGAAGAACUGGCUUCUCAGCUUGGUUUGCGAGUUUCUCAGUUUGAGAUCAUCAACUUUUAUGUACUUAGCUUAUCAAGGCUGAAUAUAUCUAUGGAUGUUACUCCACAUACAGGGCUCAGUUUCUCUGCUAGUGAGGCAUAUGCAAUAAAUACAUCUCUUGCUAUGCACAAUAUUCAUCUUGAUCCCAUGCUAGUAGGUGACUACAAACUUCUUAACUUGACCUGGUUUAAGCCACCAGCUCCUUCUCAAGCUCCAGCUGUAGCCAUGUCACCUACUGCUGCCCCAGCUCGUUUGCCCUCUUUAACACCAUUGUUCACUGCUAACAAAAGGAAACACCCAGGUUUGAUUCUCAUUCUGGGUAUUGUUAUUGGCAUCCUGAUCAUCGUCAUUGUAUCUGUGCUAGUAAUAUGUUCAUGCACAUCCGUUCGAGGAAGGGAGAAAGCACUUCCCAUAGAAACUGCAAAAUCAAGGACUGUAGAUGCAGUUCCAACUGUAGGAUCUCUUCCGCACCCCACCAGUACCCGGUAUAUUGCAUAUGAAGAACUUAGAGAAGCAACAAAUAACUUUGAACCAGCAAGCAUGCUUGGAGAGGGUGGGUUUGGCAGGGUCUUCAAGGGGGUCUUAAGUGAUGGUACAGCUGUUGCAAUCAAGAAACUUACUAACGGAGGACAACAAGGUGAUAAAGAGUUCUUAGUUGAGGUUGAGAUGCUAAGCAGACUACAUCACCGUAAUCUGGUGAAGCUUGUGGGGUACUAUAGCAGCCAUGACUCUUCACAGAAUCUCCUCUGUUAUGAGCUUGUUCCAAAUGGAAGCUUAGAGGCCUGGCUCCAUGGUCCAUUGGGUGUAAAUUGUCCUCUAGAUUGGGAUACCAGAAUGAAGAUUGCCCUUGAUGCUGCGAGAGGGCUUGCCUACCUACAUGAAGACUCACAGCCCUGUGUCAUCCACAGGGAUUUCAAGGCAUCUAAUAUACUUCUCGAAAACAACUUUCAUGCUAAAGUUGCAGAUUUUGGCCUGGCCAAACAGGCACCUGAAGGCCGUGCAAACUAUCUGUCUACGCGUGUGAUGGGUACAUUUGGGUAUGUAGCCCCUGAAUAUGCCAUGACUGGACAUCUACUAGUAAAGAGCGAUGUAUACAGCUAUGGGGUUGUCCUCCUUGAGUUGCUAACUGGAAGGAAGCCUGUGGAUAUGUCACAGCCUUCUGGCCAGGAGAACCUUGUGACAUGGGCUAGGCCAAUCCUUAGAGAUAAGGAACGAUUGGAAGAGCUCGCCGAUCCAAGGCUUCUGGGUAAAUACCCAAAGGAGGACUUCAUACGUGUUUGCACAGUUGCAGCAGCUUGUGUUGCACCAGAGGCAAGCCAACGUCCAACCAUGGGUGAAGUGGUACAGUCCCUUAAAAUGAUGCAACGCAUUACAGAGUAUCAGGAUUCCAUGUUAACCGUCGCCAACACACGUACAAACCUCAGGCAGUCGUCUACAACCUUUGAGUCAGAUGGAACUUCAUCAAUGUUCUCCUCUGGUCCAUUUUCUGGUUUAAGUGCAUAUGACAAUGAUAACAUCUCUCGCACGGCAGUAUUCUCAGAAGACCUGCAUGAAGGACGAUGAGAUUUUUCUGUAAGUUCUUCUGAGGAGGUAAUCUGAUCACAGUUUGUGACCGUACAAAUAUACAUUGACAAAAGAAUCAGUGAAGUUAAAGAUAGCAGUGGAAAAUGAAAGGAAGCUUUGAGAUGAGGUUCUUGCCUCCUCUCCUCUACCUCCUCUUUCUUUGGUGGAGAGCCCUUUCAGUUUUUCCCAGUCAGUGGGCGUUCUCUUCCAGUGAAUAACAUUGUAUAUAUUCCAUGUAGCAUUGCUUUGUUUGGAAGCCUGCAAGGGGUUCGUUCUUUACAUCUUAUUCUUUCACAAGGUAUACUCAUUGCUGCCUGCUUUGUUGGAUGCUGUUUUAUUGCAUUUGAUGAUUAAAAGAGAAGCUACGUUUGCA